AGCAGCAACAUGCAACUUGCUAUUAUUUUUCUUAUCAUAAUGUUACAAGCUGGAAAAAACGAUUGCGGUCUAAAAAGUCACGCUGAACUAAUACGCUUAGCGAUAAAAGCGGAUAAUAAGAUUAAGGAUCUUAUCCAUAAUGUCUCAGGUUUUGUAAAUGGCAACUAUGAGUUUAAAGAAAAGUACGAAAACCUAAGGAUCCCGUUGAUGGAAAAUUAUACAAGUCUACCAACUAAAUUAGCGCAUAUUCGAGAAUUCAAGGCUUACAACAAGGAAAGACUUAAUUUAGAGGAAGGAAUCAAAUCAGCAAUUUCUAAGCUACACACAACAAUGUCAGAAGAUUGCCAAAAGCUCAGUGCAAAGCUUCGUAAGCAACUGUUAUUAAUGUUGGUCACCACCAAUAAAAAAAAAAUUGAUGCCUUAGAUAACUUUGAAAAAGGAUCUUGCCAAAGGCAGUCAAGCACCUCUAAUAUUACACCUUUCUCCGUUAGGUCCAUUACUUAUAAUCCGAGUACACUCUUAACAUUUCCGUCAAAAAACAUUUGUAAAAGCUCCCUUAAUGUCUCUGACCUUUGUCUAAUUAACGAAACAAAGAUGACAUACACCUCUAGCAUGCCAUCUGAUUUAACGGAAGAUACGUCGACUAUAGCAUAGUAGACUAUCAGAUACCCGUUACUGAGCUGCUGAAUUGCGAACGACAAAUUUCAACAUUUUCUGAAAUAACGGUAGAAUUUGGAGUAAAAUUUAAAUCAAA